CUUCCUCCUGGACAGUCACUCGGACUUCCUUCAGCGCGCUGCCAAGGCUGCUGCUGAGUUGCUGCGGGACCUCGGAGACACUCUGACUGUCGAACCCGAGGUUGGAAACGCGCUCCGGCCCGUACAGCACUAGUAUGUCCGAUUUCUGAGGCUCCGAAAGAGGUCAGUAUGCAGAGCAUCAAGUGUGUGGUGGUGGGAGAUGGCGCCGUUGGGAAAACCUGCCUUCUCAUCUCCUAUACAACCAACGCCUUCCCCAGGGAGUACAUCCCCACUGUCUUCGAUAACUAUAGUUCCCAGGUGACCGUCGAUGGCAGGACUAUUAGUCUGAACCUCUGGGACACCGCGGGCCAGGAGGAGUACGACCGCCUACGCACACUGUCCUACCCGCAAACCAAUGUCUUCAUCAUCUGCUUCUCCAUUGCCAGCCCACCCUCAUACGAGAAUGUGAAGCACAAGUGGCACCCUGAGGUCACCCACCAUUGCCCAGGAGUUCCCAUCCUUUUAGUGGGCACCAAGAGCGACCUGCGUGCCGACUCUGAGGUGCUCCGUAAGCUGAAGGAGCAGAACCAGACCACCAUCAGCCAGCAGCAGGGCCAGGCUCUGGCGCGUCACAUCCAUGCCGUCAAGUACCUCGAGUGCUCUGCCCUCAACCAGGAAGGCAUCAGGGAGGUGUUCUCUGAGGCUGUGCGUGCCUUCCUCAAUCCCCAGCCCAUCACCAGCAAGAAGCAUUGCAUUCUUCUGUAGAUGUAGCCCAACAGUCUCAUAAUUCGUGGAAAAGUUGAUUUAGCAAAAUGUAUGUAUUAAGGGAAAGCGGGGAAAUAUUUUUAGGGCAAAAAUUUUGAGUUUCUCAAGCCUACAAAAAAAAAUGAAAACAUUGCCUUUCCCCUUCUGUGCUGGCCCAGUGCUGAUCUGAAGCAAAGGUACACUUGUGGAGAAGAGGUAUGGAGGUCCUGUCCACUGUUUCAGUCUGCAAGUUCUGCAUUCUCAAUAACAUGCAGUGCCAGUCAAAAGUUUGAGUACGCCCGAGCAACCUGGCCGGUAUUUAUGGGGUGAACUGUAUGGAAGAAUGAAACACAGCAACCCACACAGGGAACUGUUGUGGAAGAGGUGGCAUGAAAUAUUGGCUGAUUUCCUGAUCAAUCCAGCAUGUGUACUCAAACUUUUCAGUGGUCCUGCACAUAUCUAGUUAAAAUAACAAAUCAGCGUAGGUUCUCUCACUGUAACUGAUCAAAUAGUUGAAAUUUGAUUGGAUACGUUACUACUCUCCAGACUACAAUUGUGCUGUCCUAAAUGGUGAUGUACAACAUAGUAGAGCUCUAGAACUUGCCCUGCAAAAUGAUAGAAUCUAAAUUGGGGUGCUGAUUAUUUCUUUAAAUAUUCUUAAAGUUUUUGUUCUACUGUUUAAAACAAAGAUUUCCUAUUACAGUGUUCCUAGGUUCCAUGCUCAGUAAAAGAAACACAUUUAAUCUGGACCGGGCUUGGCCUUGUCUGAAUAGUUGGAGUAUACUUUUGCUGCUUAUUUACAGUUGACCUCACUCUGCUUGAGGCUGCCUGAAACCAUAUAGUGCAGGGUAGGGGAGGGAGGGGGGGUACUCUAUCAAAGGAUGCUCAUUUGAGCUUACAGUCAGUGCAGCACCUUGUUAAGGCAAUCUUUACUGCUUGAUACUUCGAUAGACUGAGAGCCAUUUCACUUGCCACUCCUAAUCAGAGCAGUUGCUCAGAGAUGUAGGUAGGAGUGGUGUGGGUCCAUGUCUCAGUAUAGAUCACAAUACAUAGCCAAAGUUUCUCCCCUAUUUUCAAUGUUCUUGAUAUUUCACUAAUUUACAGGUUUACAGCUAUUUCACGGUUGAUGCUCAUAUCACAGACCCUGAUUUUGAUUAUUUGGCAGUGUGAUGCUCCAUGGUAGUUUUUUGUGUGCAUUAUGAAGAAUGUCAAUGUUUUAAAAUAUAAAAUAGAAAUAUGCUCUUCUCAAAGAAUACAUGUUGUUCUAUUAAUUUAGACUUUUUAAUGUUGUGUCUUUGUGAUGAAGUAGCUGAUUUAAUCAUAGAAUUUUUUUUCUGUUAUGUCACCUUUUUUAUGCUGGAACUCAUUGUUCAGUUGGGCGCUAUAUGCCAUUGAUCAGUGCUAUGACAUUGUUUACUGAUAGACUGAUAGAUAAUGACAAAAGUAGAGGAGGAAGUAAAUUCUGCCAUUAAUUGUGGAAAGGAUUUACAGACAGUGUGGUUUGCCUCACAAAUGGAAGACCUGGGUCUGAAUCCCCACUCCUGCUGCAAUACUGGAGCAAGCUAUUUACCCUGAAUGACUCUGGUAGAAAUUACCCUGCUUUAUACAUGAGAAAAUAGUUGUUGGUAACUUAGUAUGUAUACUUUGUCACUUUUAUGAAACGUGUCACCUAAUUAAUAUACAGUAACGCUGAUAACUGGACAAGCUUUUAAUACUUGCUACGGUGCAUUUUUCUCAGACAAGUAUCAAAGAAUACUGAGAAAUGUAUAAUGUGGGCUCCUGGUAUUUGUCUAAAAAUGGCUUUAGCGACCACUCUGCCUUCUGACUAAUGAUUUUGAGUCCUGAACUCGGGUCCAAACACUUAAUAACUUUCAGAAGUACCCCGGUUGAGCUAGUUGUGCAGAGUUUGGACUCUUCAAGAUCAAAUUGCUUAGCACAGAUAUAUAUGUAGGAUGUGGGUGUUAUGUUUCAUAAAAUACAGGCUUCCCAUAGUUAAUGUGUCUAAUUGUCUCUCCAAAAACAGGUUGUUAGACAAAAAAACACUCAGUAAAAAUGCAUUUACUGUUAUGUUUUAUGGGGAAAAUGACAAUGCGUUCCCAGCUGCACCCUUUUGCACUUUCCCUCCUGUUUUAAAACACCACCAAACUACCUAAAUGCACUUUUUAAACAUUUAAGCAGCAUUAUUAAUGACCUUAAUUAGGCAUUUGUUUGAUGGUUUAAUCAAAAUACGUAAACAAGUAGACUGGUAUCACAAAUAACAAAAUAAUUUCCUGUGUUAAAUGGCUUUUGAUUACUCACCUUGGAUAUAACACAAUUAGUGUAACACAAAGAAUUAUGGAACACAGCUUGCUUGACAUAAACUUGUUUUUGAUGUAACAAAGUGUUUUGAUUGGAAUGAAAGAACAUAAUACUGUGCCUAUAACUUUCCACGGGAAACAAUGCCAACUGCCUCAUGUUUUGCUUUAGUUUGUGUACUAUAUCCUAUUUUGAUAUAAGGUGUACCAUUUUGUUAGAUUUAAAUCAUUAAUUUUGUUUCAUGACUUAUCACAGAAACACAACUGUCAUGUAGUACCAGAAAUUACUAACGAUGGUUUGUAUCUCCCACACUUUUCCCCUCCACACUGUCUGCAAAGCAUUUGACUGGAGAGCGUUUUAUGAAAAAUUUUUUGCAUUAGGCAUAAUUAUGAAAAAAGCAAAAUGAAAAGGUGUUGAGCAAGGGAGGCCUGCAUAAUGUACAUUGUACAUUUUUUUAUUUCUAAGGAUUUCUAUAACAAAAUAAAUCCAUUAGCAGAUAUGAGAUGUGAAGUAUAAGAACUUUUUGACAUCUGCUUUAAAAUGGAGAAACUGAUGGCUAUAGUUAUACACUUCAUGCAUCAGCUAUAUUUUAAUGCUUGUUGAAUUUUCUACAGAGAACCUGUUUCCUAUGAUAAUUUAUUGUUUUUAUAAAUGAAUAACACUUUUGUAACAUGGUGUUAUUUUUAUAAAGGCAAUUUUGUGUGUUAAUAUACUAAAACUGCUUUGUCUAGUCAAAAUUAAAUUCAUUCUUA